AUGAGUAACAGACCCAGAAGACUAACAGUGAAACCCAGCACCAGGAAACAGAGGGCCAGCUUGGUAGCGAGCUCCUUUUCCAGCUUUCUGAACAAGAACAGCUUUGAGCUCUCAGACUCGAGUCUUGACGAGCUAAUCCACUCCAACUACUACGACGAUGAUCCCAUGCUGUUGCUCAAGCCUUCGCCUUUGAAGCCAAAGAUAUCCAGGCACAGGUCGCCUCUUUCGAAACAGAGGAGUAACACCAUCUUGAACUCGUUUCUAGAGACGAGUUCCCAUUCCCCAUUCAAGUUCCACAAGUUCAAUAAUUUGAACAAGUCGUACAGUGAAAAAGAUGGUGCAAAUAAGGCAAAUGAUGAGGUAUCAGAGCCUGUGGACGAAAACACUUUUGAAGACAGAGAAACCACUCAUAAAAGCAAUCCAGUGGAUUCUAGCCACUUGGACAUUUCAGCAGAUACAACCACUUUGAAUAAUAGGAGAGUCAAAGAGAGUGUAAACACGAUAAUAAUUCCUCUAAGAGAUGACGAUAAUACCACUCCAAUGACCUACAACAAUGGAAACACUCCAGAUCCAGUUAAAAACAGCAACUCAUUAAAGAUCAAGACUCGAAAGCCUACUCCAGCUAAAUUGGUCAAAUUUUCAAAUGUGGAUCAGUUUUCCAAAGACUUGACCACUUCAAUGAUAAACAGGAAAAUUCAAGAUAUCACUGACACUUUGCAAUCAAUGUCAUCUCCUAUUGCCAAUGAUAAAAAAAGCAAUGGGGCUCCAAAUAAAACUGGAAUCACUGUCAUAAACAGUAACGAUCUGGUCAAUAGUAUUCUCGAGCUGGUCAAUUCUGAAAUUAAUGCCAGCAUUAUUAGCAAUCUAACUGAAAAUAGCUACAAGUCAAUCAAUGAAUACAAAACACCUAGUCCCCCAGUUAUGAGAUCGUUUGAGCGAACACCACCUCAUAAUCAAAUUGAUAUUGAUCUAAAUCAAAAAAAAAACAGUCUUCCAAAACCGAAAAAUGCUUUAUAUCCAAAGAUAUUAAAGCAGAUCCCUCUAUUGAAGGAAACUUUUAAAGAUACUAAACAUAAUGAUAGUAAUAAACAUACAAAAGAAUUAAGAAAUCUGAGUAUAAUUGAAGCGCAGACUCAAAAACGUCAAAAUAAAAAUCGUCAUAACACUGCUUUUGAAAUCAAUUGA